CUUCACAACAGACUUCCUUUCGUGAUCUUCAGCACAAGAUAUUACACUAGCACUAGCUUAAUUUUCCUGUGCAAGUCUGCUGGCAUAAUCAAACGGAAGUUGACUCUUUUUCCUCCUUUCAAACUAGAACAGUGCUUCAGAAACAUAUAUUAGGGAAGCUUUCUAGUAAUUAAUACGUGAGGGCAACGGCAGGGAGCGCGCUUUCCGUUGUGCUGUGACAGCCAUUCGGAGCAGCAAGAGCAGCGUCAACCGAAGCUUGUUCGCCAUGACUUCAUGCGCUGAGCACUAUGCGCUGCCGGACGAGCUGCAAGAUACCUCAGCCAAGGAUACCACACGGCAGUCCGCCCCUGCUCCUUCUAAGGAGGCCCUGUUGAUGGAGCACCGCGCUGGUUCCUAUAACGCUCAGACCGACGGCACCUCAACUUCUAUCGCGCUUAAAGAUGUCAAGCAGCACGUUACAUGCGCCCUCUGCAACAACCUGAUCGCCUCGUCCCUGGUGCUCUCUUGCGGUCACCAGUACUGCGGAAGUUGCUUGUUUGACUGGCUCGGCAACAAGCCGUCGUGCCCCAACUGCCAGGUUCCGCUACGCGCAAUUCCCAUGCGCUGCAUUGCCCUCGAUGGCGUUGUUGAAGCAUUUCUGGGGUCGCUCCCAGACCACGAGGUUGCCGCUUACAAGGCUCGCCAGGAGGAGGGCAAGUCCGCCGCGAACAAGGUUAACAAGAUGUUCUGGUGGCUGCAGCCUUCUGCAAUGCCCAACAUGCCAGCCGGCGCACCAUCUGGUUUUGCGCCCGCUCCCGGCACCGCCGGCAUGUCACAUGUUGGGGGCAUGAUGGCGCCCAAGCAGCAGCCCUUCGUCGGCCCUCCCAUGCCCCAGCAGCUGCCUACGGGCGGAAUGAUGACAGCCGGGAUGCUUGGCGCCGCCUACAACCAGACCAAGAACAUGCCGCAGCAGGGCGGCUCAAUGCGGCGCGCCUCCCAGCCUGGUGGUGUGCAGCAGCAGGGCUUCCCUCCUCGCCCCGGCGCUCGCUCCAACUCCUUCUCUGCGGGCGGAGCCAUGCCCAACAACAUGGCACAGCCCCUGCUUCCGCCCCAGAUGGCCGCGAGCAUUGCAGCCGCUGGCUUCUCCUCGCCGGCCAUGCCCAUGCCGGGAUCCAACGCCGACUUGGAGGCUGCCUACCUUGCGACCGCGCAAAAGUUCGGGAUGGAAGGCCUCGCCCUACCGCUGGUUUACCAGCAACAGCUUCAGCAGCAGCUACAGCAGCAGGAGCAAUUCCGAGGACUCCUUCACGCCUGCUCGGAGCUGCAAGCCGUGGAGUUGGCCGCUUCACCGUCUACCCAGGCGCCCUACACCGACCCUGCACAGCUGCAACAGCUACUCCAGGGCCUGUACUUCGCCUAAGUGAUGUGUUUUCGCUGAAGUGUGUGUAUUGACCCUGCCUCAGCCGCGGGCGCCAUGGUGCCUAUCAUGGAUGAGUCCAUGUAGCGAUUGACUAAGCUUGGGUGGGAUGCGCAACAGCAGGUUGGACGUUUUGUAUAGACCAGUUACGGGGUGACGGAUAUGGCAGCAGUGAUUGACCGCAGGUAGUCUUGCAUUUGGAGCGCAUGCAAAGCAGCUUUGUGGCGCAGUCCUGGCGUCGCGGGAGACUCCGCCUGGGAGAAGGGCCAAGCGCAGGGCUGGUUUGCGACUAUUGACUUUACUGGGUGUGCGGUGAUUCGUAAUUUAGCUGGUUGAGUGGUGGCUUGCGCCAAUGCGUCAGCGGGGUUAUAAGACCAUUACUUAACUAUACGUCCACUAGGUAGGUAUGACAAUUCCAGUUGAUUUUAGAUAGUUGUCCCUUGUCCGCUAAUGGGUUGGGAGGGGCACUGGGAGGGGCCCAAUCCCUUGCGUUGUUCAUAGGCAGCAGCAGAAGCAACCAACGGUGAUCCGGAAUGGCAUGAGAUCCAGCUUAUAAUUUAUCCCCUUGCAGGUACGUAGGACAUAUAGCUUGCUUUUUCGCUGCAAUGCAGCUUCUCAUAAGAUACUCCAGCUCGAUUCCUUGUUAACCUUCUGUCCUUCAUGUAAAUACAUCUUGAGUUGAA